AUGCCUGCAGUACUGUCCAAGCCGGAGGGGCCCCCGGGGGGGUUGGGGGCUUUAGGGGCCCCUGAGACCCUUCGGGGCCCCAAAGAGAAUGAAUCUCCCCUUCGCUUCUUUUGCCGCAUUGCCCUCGAGGGGUCCACGAAGGCUCGACUGGCCUUAGGCUCUUUGGCGCUUGUUGUGUGCUCCGCAUGCAACAUGCUGACUCCUUACAUCCUGGGAACUUGUGUGGACUCUGCCUACACGGGAGAGGGGCUCCUUAGGGGCCCCUUGCGGGGGCCCCUCGCCCUCGGGCCCCUAGCGGGGCCCCAGGGCAAACAGCUGGCUCUCGCCGGAGGAAUUUUUUUCCUCGGUGCACUUGGCAGCGCGUGUAGGACGGAGCAACUGGAACGUGCGGAGGAGGAGAUCCUCACGAGGCUUCGGCGUCUAAAGCGGUUGCGAGAGGCACGCCAGACUGCAGAGGGUCGGUGGACGGAGUUCGCUCUGGACCGCCUCUACGCCCACAGCGCGGUGUACGUACACCAGCAGCAGCAGCAGGAAAUUGCGCGCGCUGCUGAUGUAUCGCAACAGGUGUUGGCGGCUGCAGCAGCGACCUCCAGAGCGAGCGGCACCCUCAUGGGGUCCUUAACGGUGGCUACAAACUUUUCGUUGCUUCUGGUGCUCUCCGCUGGAGCCAGUCUCCUCAGGAAAGGUUCUCUGACAUACGGGAGUUUGACGUCCUUUGUCGCAUACAGCAUGAUGGUGGCAGCGGGGUUCAGCGGCCUUGCGUCGCUCUCCGGCGAGUGGGCUAAAGGACGCGCAGCGGCAGAGCGUCUCUUUGCUGCUAUUCAGCCCUCCCUGCAGCAGCAGCAGGAGCAGGAGCAGCAGGAAAAAGAAGUGCUCUCCUUAGAAGGACUCAAGGGCGAGAUAGAAUUCCACAACGUCUCCUACUUCUACGACCAGGAUGCGGCGACAGCAGAAGCAGCAGCGGGAAGCAGCACUAGCAACAGCAAUAGCAACAGCAACAGCAGCAACAGCAGCAACAGAAACAGCAACAGAAACAGCAGCAGCCGAUGCGGAGAGGGCAUAGGCGGGAUCGUGGAUUUGUCCUUCCGUCUCCUUCCCGGGGAGCUGCUGGGCAUAGCAGGUCCUUCAGGUGCUGGAAAGAGCACCAUCAUGAAGCUGCUCACUAAGGAACUAAGACCGCAAAAGGGGUGUAUCACCGUAGACGGGAUCGACCUGGAGAAAAUUCCCACCGGCAUGUGGCUGCGUCGCGUGCUGGGAGUAGUGAGCGACAGAAGCAGCAAACUGUUUGGGAGCCUCAGCAUCCGAGAGAACAUUCAGUAUGCAGCGUGGGAACCAGCCCCCACUGCUUGCGCCGCUGCUGCUGCAGCGCAAGCAGCGGAAGCGGCGGCACAGAGGGCAAACUGCUUGGGCUUUGUUCAGCAUCUGCCUCGGGGUAUGGAGACGCUUGUAGGGGGUUCGGCAGGCUGCUGCUGCAGCAGCGGGGAGCAGCAGCGACUCGACAUCGCGCGAUCGCUAUACAAGCAGCCUCGUAUUCUGCUGCUGGACGAGCCCUCUAGUGCCCUAGACGCGGAGAGCGAGCGUUUCUUCACCGAGGCCCUCACACAAGCCAUGCAGCAACAAGACAAACAAGAGCAGCAAGAGCAGCAACAAGAGCAGCAACAAGAGCAGCAACAAGAGCAACAAGAGCAGCAACAAGAGCAGAAACAAGAGCAGAAACAAGAGCAGCAACAGCAACAGCGCUUGCUGUCUUCACUUCUGAUUGCUCACAGCCCCACGGUGUUGAAAUGUGCCUCUAGGCUUUUGGUUCUGCGCAGAGGGACAGUAGUCGAGUCGGGGACCUUCGAGCAGUUGUUGCAGGCAAAGGGAACUCUGCAUGCGCUACUCUCAGGAGACCUACACGACAAAUUCUGA